UACAUUUGAACUCAGGAUGAUACACCAAGCAGAUCAUCAGCCAAAGAAUUUUAUGUUUAAUCUCACCUUUUUUUUUUUAACCUUUUCUCAUUCUCUAACACCCCCCCAUCUCAGCCUCUUUACUGUGUGUUUAUGAAUCACCCCUUUGUGAGAUUUCCUGUUUACUCUUACCAUCGCAGCAUAAAGGGACACUCUACCCAAAACAUUUGCAGUGGAAAUUUUAUUCUUGAGGUUGCUUCUUUGAUUGCAUUGCAAGACCAGUUAAUGUUCUUCUUCCAGUUUAGUUGUGUUUUAUUGCCCUCUCAUCAUCAUUUUUGAGUAAAUUAGUUUUUUCCCGUUAUGUUAAGUAUGUUGCGAUAAAAAAAAACCCCAACAAAAAACAUAAUAAAAUCACAGUGAGAACGUGAUACCACGGUUAUGAAUAGUUCCCCAUUUAUUUCCAUGAAACCAUCUCAUUUGGAAUAAACACCAAACACCCUCAGCGAUACUACUGCUGCUUUUCUAGUUCUGCUUUUUUGGACCCAAAUCCUGGUGCUGAAGAAAAAAGUCCCAUCUCCAAAAUCUGCUCUUUCUUUUCCCAUUCACAAGGCAUUAAUUAUGCUGAAAAGGUUUAUGUAUUUAAUAACCAGGAGAAUGUUUGGGGAAGUCAUGGUAAGGAUUUCAAGUUUAUAACUCAGUGCCAAACAUAAAGCAUGGUAACAGUAGCAUUAUGCUGCUGUGGUUCCAUCUUGCUUAGAUGUACAUGUUCAAGCCUAAAGGCUUAAAUCAACGCAUUUGGGUUCAAGUUUUUAUUAGCAGCAGGAUAAAUUAGAAUUUAUGGGGAUCUAAAUGUGCUUGCAAAUGUGGUUGUAGAUUUCUUCCAAAAUGCACUGUGGAGGAAAAUACAGAGAAACAACAAAACUCUACAAGCUUUACAAGUUUGUUUAUAAGAGACUGUGUCAUGGUUUGUAGACCAAAUUAAAUUCUUAAUUAAAUCCAAGCAGAGGAUUUGCAGUUUUAGGGUGGCUUGUAGUUUGAAUUGAAAGUCAGCUCAGUGAUUCUAAUCAAAAGUCCCUGUAAGUUGGGGUUAGAAUCAAAUGAGUGUAUGGAUGGUCAUAAGUCCCUGGUGUGGUGAGAAAGAGGAGGGCAGAGCAGGGCCUUAGCGACAUCUCCAAACAUGUCAGCAGAGCAGCCCUGCCCUGCCCUCACGACCAAACUUCAAGAUAAACCGGUGCACAGCUGUUUUCAGCAACCUGCUGUACUUUAAUGAAGGAAAGUCUCCAAGAGAUCCACAUUUUCUCAUCAAAUGCUUGUCUGUCUUUGGAUUUAAACUUUUCAGCUGCUCAAGAAUGACCACUUUGGUUUUCUCAAACCUUGGGUUCCUAAAUAUUGUGAUUGCAGCGUUAACUGGCUUGAGCCGCAGCAGUCCAAUCAAGUCUGCAGAGACUUACCACAGGACAUCCGUCGGCAUGGAUGUGAUCAACAGUCCUCUCCACAGUGCACAGGACUUUUUGAGCCAGUUUCUGGCAACACUGAACCUCACCAGGCUAAGGUCCCAGCCUAGGACUCCUACAGCCCAGAAAGAGCCACUUCCAGAGUACAUGCUGGAGCUCUACAAUCGAUUUGCCAAUGACCGCACUGCAAUGCCGUCUGCCGACAUUGUGCGCAGUUUCAAGAAUGAAGAUUCUUCCCCCCGAAGUAUAAGAGCCACUGGUGUAUGGAUACAUCCCCUCCUAUUCAAUAUCUCCAUGCCACACUAUGAGCAAAUUACAAUGGCUGAGCUUCGACUCUUCAUGCUUGUGCGGAAGGCCCAAAGACCACAUGCCGGCUUCAGAUGCAAGGUGACAAUCUACAAGGUACAUGAUGGUGUUGUUUGGACAAAAGAGGUGGGGAAAGAAGGGAGAGAGAGGGAUAAAGAGGAGGUGGAGGCAAUGAAGGAUUUGGAGGAACUGGUGACAAAGCAUAUCCAUGCCAAAGAUAAUAGCUGGGUGUCAUUUGACCUCACUCAUGUGGUGACACUUUGGCAGAAGUCAGGGGGCACAACUCAUAGGCUGGAGGUUCACAUUGAGAACCUGGGGGCAGACGAGGAAAGGGCCACGAGAGAAGCAACAGGAAGUGGCAAAAGUGUGUCACAGGUUGAUAUUGACAGGAGAGUGGAGGGGCAACACAAUCCAGUGAUAAUUGUGUUCUCAGAUGACCAGAGCAGAGAUCACAAAGAAGACAGACGAGAGCUGAGUCAGAUGAUUAAGCAUGAGAAUGACCUUCCUGAUAACGUGAUAACGAGCCAGAAAUCUUUUCAUGACCCUGCAAAUCCCAACGCUGACCACCCGGAACAGGAUGAGCUGGACGACCAGUCUGCCCUGGAGGUGCGGUCCAAUCUUAUCUACGACACGCCUCCUCGAAUCCGCCGCAGCGCCAACACCGAGUCAUGCAGGCGGUCGCCCCUUUACGUGGAUUUUAAAGACAUCGGCUGGGACUCGUGGAUUAUCCAGCCUUUGGGGUAUGAAGCGUACAAGUGCAACGGCGUGUGCAGCCCACCCAUGACCUCAGAGGUUUCUCCCACCAAGCAUGCCAUAGUGCAGACUCGGCUGAGCCUCAGGCGCCCCGAACGAGCAUCUGCUGCCUGCUGCGUUCCCACAAAGCUGGAGCCAAUCUCCCUCCUUUAUCACGAUAACGGAGUGGUUACCUUCAACCACAAGUAUGAGGGGAUGGUGGUGGCAGAAUGCGGCUGCAGAUAACGUCACAGAGAAAAACAGACUUUUAGUUGAAGAUCUAAAUCUAUCAAUCUACUUUAUCAUGCUCGUGUGCUUGUUUCCAGAGAAUCAGAGAUUUCAUACAGUGGACUAAUUGUAAAUCCGGGAUGAAAACUUGAUGGAAAGUUACAGCUGUAUAAAGGCAAACCCCUGAGUGUUUUGUUAAUUUAGAACAGAAAUACUUUGAACUGAUGCAACAAAGUGUUUCAUGUUAGCCUACCACAGCUCCAUAUGCAUUUUUGCCUUUCAUCGUGUUUUGAAAGCACUUCAGUUUAUCGUUAUAUAUUGCAAUGGAUUGCCAUGUUUAUACAGUAUUAAAAUGCCUUUCAGAAUAUUUCAAAACCAUUGUACUUUUUCUCAUUUUGUCACAUUGUAGCUAUGAAUUUCAGUGUAUGCAGUACAUUGGGAUUUUUAGCCAAAGGACCUAUGAUUACUCUAGUUUUAAUGUCAGAUGGACAGCUAUUAAUUGUGCAUUGCCAUUAUUACUUUAAAAAGAAAAAUCUGUAAAUAUUUUAGCCAAAAUGUGCAAACGUUUUGGAGAUAUACCCAAAAAGACUAUUUACAGUGCCAAAGGGUUCUGUAAAGUAUUGACUCAGAAUACACAUCUGAUUCAGUUUUGAAACUUU